UAGUUGUGACAAAUUAUGGGUCCCGUUCCGAUAUACGGAAUACGUUAUUUGCCUCAGAUUAGCUCUUUGAUAUUCUCAUAUUUUCAUCUCAUGUCGGUGUUUUGUCAAUUGAAUAUCAAGGACCAUGUGGAUGGUAUUGGCGGGUUUAUAGAUGAGGGGAAAGCGGUAGUGAAAACCUCAUUUAGAUUUUCCAAGGACGAAUUGGAACGAGACAGGAAGUCGUACAUGCUGCAGAAGAAACAGGUGGCGGGAACAACUAAACCGCGAGUUAAAGUACAGCAGCUUUCAACAAGUGAACUGUAUAAAACCUGUGUAUAUAGUGUAGCACUCAUUUACUUUGCCAUAAUAUCAGAAGAUAUCUCUAAUAGACAUUAGCUACUCACCUCGUGAAUACUGUUGUAUAUUGUUCUCUGGCUCUGGAGGAGCUUUGUCGACACGGAGAAAACCCUUUAUGUUUACAGGGUAUCUCAGCUGGGACUGGAGCAGGCCAGGCAUGAGUGGAGCACACCUGGACGAAUGGCAGAGGAGGUCCUUUGACAUUUCAUCUGGCAACUGUACACCUGAACAGACGGCCGAUGCCUACCGGGCCCACAUCCUCUCCAUUCAGUAUGCAUGGGCAAGCUCCCAGCUCUCUCAGGCCGGCAUGACCAGCCUGCUCAGGACUUACUCGGAGCGCUACGCCGCAGUGCUGGACUCGGAUGACCCCCGCACAGGGCUUAACAACUAUGCAGAAAGCGCUCUGCAUCUGGCCCGCAGUCAGAGGAACUACAGUGACAAAUGGGAGUCGUCCCUGACCAUGGAGAGUGUGCUGGAGCUGCCCUGCGUGCAGAGCAUGAUUCAGGCAGGGACAGGUGUGGGAGGCUCCUUGGUGGCAGCAGGAGAUGUUAACAUAUCUGUGGGGCAAGAGAGCAGAGGCAGCUCCCUGUCAACUGCCUUUACCGGAGUCAGGUCAGAGGCUGCAUUGUUCAAACCUAUAGUUCCACCACAACCUAAAACAGAGAUUAACAACACUGCCAGUAAUUCAAACUCAAUCUCCCGACCUCCAGCCCAACUACAGUCUGUGUUUAGUUAUCCAUCUUCUGUUCUUCCUCAGGGAAACCCCGGCCCUACAGGUGGCACGCAAAACUAUCAGUCCUCCUACUUACCCACCUCCAACUCAUCUAAGCGGAAGAAUUUCUACAACCCAGAUGGAGGGGAUGGUGUCAGGGGGCAACACGGAGGUCAAACAGGCACUGACCCGCGAGCUGGAAGCAACUUUAAAACGGCUCGUGAGCAGUUCAUUGUUGAUCAACAGAAAAAACACUCCAACCAGCCCCAGAGAGGUCAGGCCACAUGGACGGCAGUAACUGUAAAGAAAUCUCUGGGCGCUAACAGGCCUCGAGGUACAUUUUCCAAAUUUGUGUCACCCAUUCCGCGACAGGAAGAGGAAGAGGGAGGGGCGAGCUGUAAUUCAAAUCAGGAACCUCAGAUCCUGGAUGAGCGUCUAAGAAACUUUGAGCCAAAGAUAAUCGAGCUGAUCAUGAGUGAGAUCAUGGACCACGGGCCUCCUGUUGCCUGGGAUGACAUCGCAGGCCUGGAGUUUGCCAAGACCACCAUAAAGGAGAUUGUAGUCUGGCCCAUGAUGCGACCUGACAUCUUCACUGGCCUCCGUGGUCCACCCAAAGGCAUACUGCUGUUUGGACCCCCAGGAACUGGAAAAACUCUGAUAGGGAAAUGCAUAGCCUGCCAGUCAGGUGCCACCUUCUUUAGCAUCAGCGCUUCAUCGCUCACAUCCAAAUGGGUGGGUGAGGGAGAAAAAAUGGUGCGAGCCCUGUUUGCCAUCGCUCGCUGCCACCAGCCUGCCGUCAUUUUCAUUGAUGAAAUAGACUCGCUGUUGUCCCAGCGGACAGACGGAGAGCACGAAUCGUCACGUAGGAUAAAAACCGAGUUCUUGGUUCAGCUGGAUGGGGCAGCAACUUCGGCCGAGGAUCGCAUCCUGGUGGUGGGUGCCACCAACCGUCCUCAAGAGAUAGACGAGGCUGCCCGACGUCGCCUGGCAAAGAGGUUAUACAUCCCCCUGCCUGAAGCAACAGCCCGAUGUCAGAUAGUAACUAACCUCAUGACUCAAGAGAAGAACCAGCUGAGAGAGCAGGAGCUGGAGAGCGUGGUAACAGCCACCCAGGGCUUCUCAGGGGCUGACAUGACUCAGCUGUGUCGAGAAGCAGCGCUGGGGCCCAUCCGCAGCAUCCAGCUCAGUGACAUCGCCACUAUCACUGCAGAUGAGGUGCGACCAAUCGUCUACAAAGACUUCCAGGAGGCCCUGCAGACUGUACGACCCAGUGUCUCAUCAAAAGACUUGGAGCUGUAUGAGGAGUGGAAUAAGACUUUUGGAUGUGGACGUUAAGCGUCGUACUGAUUAUCCCUCAGUUACACUUAUGGAUGUUAUUUUGAACUGAGUUGAGAAUUCAGCGCUUGAGGAAUCCAUACAAACGCACAUAGAGUGGAUGGUAACCAAUGAAAACAAACCUUACACUAUUGGCGGGGAAAAAAGCCCAGCAACACUGUGACACAGACUCACCUAAAAGCUAAACACUUAUAAGCUUCACAAAGCUUUCUUACUGCAGAGAUGUUUGUUAGUUCGCAUUAUAUUGAGCCGGUGUUUUGGUUAUUUUGUCCACCCCCAGUGUGUCCAACAGAUCAUUUUAAUUGAAUCGUUAAUCUCUUUACAACCAGCCCGAUGUUUUGUGAACCAUUAGUCUUUGUUCUAACUUACAGGCUAUCGUAACAAAAAAUAUAAAUGUGUUAGCUGAAUGAAGUGAAAGGUGUUUUAACAUUGUUUGGGGAAUGUCUGAAAUGUUUAUCCUGAUUCACAGUAAUCUUUGUGGAGAGAAAGCCUUUUGUGUAUGAAGAAGUCGCUCGGCAAAUUGUUCCCAGCAGUUUGUGCAUUAUCCGUUUGAAUUGUAAUGGCCAGACGGUUUUUGUUUUGAUAUUAAUUUUACUGUCACAUUGUGAUUUUCUGUAAGCAUUUCUUUCCUAAUAAAUUAAAAAUGUUCCUCAUCUACA